GCCUUUAAAAGAAAGCCGGUUGAUACAAAAAAUCUUUGUGUUAAGGUCAAGCGGAAUUAUCGAAUUAAGCCCCAAGAUGAAAAUUGUCUGUAGCAUUCUGUUUCUAUUUGCUUUGUCAGUGAAAGCUCGUAAUAAAAUUCGAACAGUUGAACUUGUUCAUCAGUGUUCAUUUGAAUGCAAUCUUUGCGAAUGGACAAAUGAUCAGAGCAGUUGGGAAAGUUAUUGAGAUUUGACUAGAGUCGAAAUUCUGUUAACCAAUGCAUCCUGUUUUCGGAUAACGCAUAAACCUAGUAAGACACAAAAUUCCUGGUCCAUUAGACGGAAAAAAUUUCGUUCAGAUAAACGAAGUGACUUACUAAACACCAAUAGGCUUGUUAAUGCCAAAUUAUGGAGUCCUCUUAUUCAAAGUAAAGAUCAACGUCAUUGUCUUGUGUACAAAAUUUUCAAACUACCAUCUAUUUGUGCAAACAAGGUCAGGUUCUCUUCAAAUUCAAUAAAAGAUGAUAUUCUCAGUCUACUUACACAUCAAGAUGGAUAGGAUGCUUUGGAAAGAAUAACAGUAAUUUUUUGUUUCUGAUAAGAUCUCAAAUUAAUUUUGAUCGGUAGUUACCUUGGGAACUGAAAAUUCCGACCAAUAUAACGCAUUUGUUGUUGGAGCCCUUUAAAGUAUUCUCUUGGUGUCGUUUUCGUUUGAAAUCGUUAUUAUGUGUAUAUCAUCUAGACACUAUUUAGCACUUGGUCAGCAUCUUUGGUGCCUUAUGUAUCCGGCUUUCUUUUCUAGCGAUUGAUCCAGUUUAUUUCUGCACUUUCACAAAAAAUCUGUGCGAUUGGACUAACGAUCCAAAUAGUUGGCAAAACCAUUGGUCUGUGAUUGAAGAAUCAAACUGGCACACUACUGAUAACAAUGGCGUAUCUCCAACUACAUCAGAAGAAUCCUAUUGCUGUCUUACAAGUGCUGUUUAUUUAGGGUCUGAUGGUUCAAGCAUGGCAGUCAGUCAUUCACCAUGGAUUAUCCAACCUCAUCUUUUAAAUGACCUGCAAGAUUCUACCACGAAGAAAGCUAUACAUUCGAGACUAUGGAGUGCAUCUAUUCCAACCAAAUUAGGAUUAAAAUGCAUGACGUUUGUAUACUCUAUUCAGUUUGGGUCAUCAAGUUAUCAUCAGGAUUCAAAUCUCUUUUCUGAUUCAAAUAAGGAAGCUUCUUUAACUGUUUUACAAAGAAGAGAAGGGUGAAUAAUCCUAAAGUUUGGGUUUUGUAUCUUCUUUCACGCACAUUUUUGUUAAUAUAAAUUGAAAAUGUAUUAUUUAGGAACCAUAUAACUCUCCUGUAUGUUCUCUGCUUCAUAGCUGAUUUUCCAGUCAAACCGAUUCAUAUUUGUACAUUUAAUGGAAGUCUUUGCGGAUGGAUGAACGAUAUGAACAUUUGGAAACACCAGUGGAAGUUGGUUACAAAUAAACAAUCAAUCAGUAGUAGUGAACAACUAUCUACAAGUAUGCUUUGCAUGAAUGCAAAUGAAGCAAUUCCUGACGAUUGGUUUAACAGCUGUUCACUGUCUGAUUUACGUAGUCUUUCAAAUCCAAUGAUGAACAAACCUGUUCAAACAAGAUUAUGGAGUCCCCCAAUACAGGCAAAACACAAAUUACACUGCCUCACUUUUAUGUAUCACGUCGAUAUAGGAGUAAAACAAGUGUUAUUAAACAAACAGAGAGAUGAAAAACCAUCAUUAGCCAUGCUACGUCGUCAAGAAGGGUGAUUUACUAUUCAACAUUCUUCAUUUGUUUUUAAUAAUUUAUUUUAUUUGAUAUGGAGAAGUGUGAGAUUUUAGUUACUCAAUAUUGACUAGCCUUCUAUUCAAACUUGAUAGUGCGGAGGUUGUCACUUUGUAAUUUUACAAAGAAUUAUUCUUGUUGUACAUAAACUACUCAAUUUCUCUGAUGAACUCAAUUUAUGUCUCUAUGAAAGUUACCUCAACUUUCUCACAUAAAGUGUACUGUUCUGUGCAUAAGCUGUUUAAUAGCUCCAUAUUUCUUUCUUACUUUCUAUAUUCAGCAAAUGCAAAAUUAAAUUUGGAUAAAUUACGUUGUGAUGGUGAAUCUGAUGAUCACAAAGGAUACUGCAGCUGGAUUGUAGAUCCUAAUGAUUGGGAUAGAUUUAAAUGGCGUAUGGAUAAAUUACCGUCAAUGGAUAAUAACCAAAUUGUUUCACAACAAGCUAUGUGUUUGCAUAGAUCUGCUAGUCUUAAGACAUCUGAAACGUUAACUUCUCGUUUAUGGAGUCCGUCCAUCGGCAUUAUAGAUGAAUCUUCAUCGCAGAACGAUGUAGAUACUUCCAUGAAUCUCACAGUUGAUUUACAACCACGUUGUUUUUCUUUUUCAUUUCGUUUCUUUUACCCUCAUAUUGUUGCGUUCGGUUCAUUAUCGGAGGAAGUUCGGAGAGUGCCAAAUCUUUCUGUUUUAAAACGUCAAAGAGGAGCAUGUCGUAGCCAAACACAGGACGUCCAAGCUCUUAGUGUAUGCUCAUCAGAUGUUUUAUGGCGCAGCAAUUUAAGCAAAGUACAUGUAAGCGAAGAUAAAUGGAAUCAAGUAUAUGUAAAAUUGGAUACUUCUCCAACAGUAAAUAAUCAGAUUUCAACAAGUUUAGCAGAUUUCAAGCUGAUAUUAGAAGGCACAAUUCCUGCUGGCUAUCCAGAUGCUAGAAUCUGUGUCGAUAAUAUUACUUCCUAUACUGAACCAUGUAGUGCUCUGGAGAAAGCGUCUGCACCAUUGCCAAGUCAAUGGAGUUGGGCACAAUACUUUGGAUUGACAUUUGUUGGUGCUCUAAUCUUAGGUUUAUUAAUACCAGUAUUGUUUUUGGUUAUUCUGAUUUGGGCUUGUCGUCGCCGCCAUCAUGCGAUGCACUCAAACUAUACGAAUAGUAAAUUAUUUUCAACAAAUCUAUGGUAUUACAUCGGUGGCAAAGAAAUAUGUGAUGAUCCAAAUGGUUUUCGCGGUAGUUCAAGUUUGUUACGUUCAAAACAAUUUAAUUCACCGUCAGCAACUGGUACUUUAUUGAAUGGUGGUGGUGGACAUCAUCUGAUGUUGAGUAAUGCUGAUGUAAUGGAUUUACCUGAUGUAGUUGUACCAGGUGGACGUGUAGUAGCCUUUAAUUAUUCUGGAAAUACUUUAGGCGGCAACACACUUCGUCAUAAUCAUAAUAAUGCUGGAUAUACAAACACAAAUUAUCUAUCAAAUGCACAAAACGGUCAGGUUAUGCUAACAAAUGUUAAUGGGACAGUUUCAGUGAAUAAUUGUGGUACAAAUGUUACUACUGUUGCACGCACUGGUCAAAAUGCAAUGCCAUUAGUAUCAAAUGAACUUAUUCAACAACAGUCACAAAGUCAACAACAAAAUGAAACUUAUAGUUACCAAACGAAUCCAGUUUUCGUGGAAUCUGCCUCUAUGGCAAUGAUGACAGCUAGUCAAUCUCCAAUGCUGAUGACACAAUCUAUGGCACCAAAUUAUGGUUCUGAAGCAAAUCACAUUUCCCAGUCAAAUUUCUGUAAUGUUAAUACUCAACAAAUAAACCAAUUAAAUUCAAGUGGUCAAGUAUACAACAAACCAGCAGUACCACCAGCACAACAACAGCACCAUCAACCACGUGCACAAUCGCAGUAUUUUCCCCCGACUCAACAAUCUCAAACGAAUUUGAUUCAACCACAACCACAAAUAGCCCAAUCAUUUCAACAACAACAACAACCGUCCAACUUUCAAUUUCAGAACCAACAUCAACAGCAGCAGCAACAACAACAGUUAGUAGCUAACCAAGCACCUGUUUCUAAUCAAUUUCAUCCACAGCAACAACAGUCUGUACAACAAUCACAACAACAACAGUUUCCUCUUCCGCCACCACCCCCAACAUGUCAAUUGCAACAAAUGAAUAUUCAACAGGCUGCAAAUUUACCAUCACAAACACAACAACAAAAUCAACCUGUUCCUUUUAAUCAACAACCAGUUAAUCAUCAGUAUCCAUUGCAGUCACAACCAUCACAAGUACAACAACCAGUACCAACUGACCAACGAAGACAGCAAGUAGUGAAUGGACAAUUACAAACAUCUGUUGCCGUUGUUACUGCACAUACUGCUGCCAUUCCACUUGGUACAUCACAACAAAAUUGUCAACCUCCACAACAACAGUCUAACACUAAUACUACAAAUCCUGGGAAUAAUAAUAAUAAUUUGAAUAAUGGGAAUGCAUUAAUAACAGUAUCAAAUAAUCGUUGUUUAUCUAUGUCACCAACUUCCGUUGGAACUGAUUCACUUACUGAAGCUGAUCAACAAGCUGCUAUGGCUUUGUUAGCUGCUGCUACAGAAGGUAUGGAUACAUUUAGAGAUAAUCAAACAACACCGAGUAGUUUACAGUCUCCGAUUCCAGUAGUCAAUAAUAACAGCAGAUUAGAUUCAUGCCUGAAUACUACUACUACUGCUACCACUACCACCACUAAUAAUAAUAUUAACACUCAAGUACCAGUUGAUGAAGAAAAUCCACCACCAGGAUAUGAUGAAGCUAUUGGUUUAAUACAAAACAAUUUCAUUAAUAAUGUUAACAUGGCAAUGAUGAUGAAUACAAUGGUGAAACCAGCUGUUCCUAUACCGAACACAACUUGUACACCACCACCAGCAUUGCCACCACGUCGAAUUAUUAAUGGGGUUGGUUUAGAAGAUAUUGAGGAUCCACAAUCAAUGACAUCGUGUAUAUCGUUAGCUGAACGCUAUGGUCUACCGGUAGCUGAAAUUUAAAAUGGACAGAAUGGAGGUUUUAAACAAUGGAUAUUGUUGAACUCUUUAGGAAAUUAUUACAUCAUUGAAUGUGUAACAGUCAUAUGGUUUUUGUUUAGCGUAAUUUUUCAUCGCAUCCCUUUAAUGUUGUUGUUUUUCUUUUUCUUGCUUACUCGUCUUAAUUAAUGCUUGUUGUCCUCAUUAUUGUUGUUGUCCCCAUCAUUAUUACUAUUUAUUGUUAAUGUAUACCUUUCGUAUCUGCAUGUUUUCAUGUGUACUUGUGUCUAUUCUUAACAUUUCAUCUCAUCAAUUUUUUUAUUUAUCUUACUCAUUGCUUUGCUUAUGUAAUGAUUUCACGUUUCAUUGUAGCUGUUUUUACUUGUUUUGAUCAUAAUAUUGAUAUUUAUACACAUGCAAUGAUUUUACAAGUAUUACAUUUUAAAUAGUAGCAUUCUCUUGUCAUUACAACUUAUGAAACUGUUAUGCUUAAAUUUAGGUUUUUAAUUUUUUUAUACCCUGAUUAAUUCAUUUGCUGUCUACUGAUAGCUAAUAUAGUAUAAGUGUUUGUCGUUAUCUCACUGUCAUCCACACACGUAAAUAGUAAUUGAAGUUACUCAAUUCAUGUUAUCAUAUUCUUUGGUGAGAAAGUUAGUGAUAAAACUAAAGCAUUUUAAUCGUCUAGCCAAUCAUAGCGAAAAACAUCAGUUGCAUAUACAUAUAUUUGUGUGUGUGGUCGUCUGCGUUUCGAUGCUAUCAAGCUGCUAGUAAUUAUCAACUACAUUAUUCCAACACAACUUCAUCAUCAAUCACGACAUUAAAAAAUUUUAAAUUAUGACAGUCAUUCUCAUUUUGAUAUCUUUAUUGUCCUAGUUUACUAAUAUUUGUUUCGUUUGUUUUCACUACCGUUAUUCUAAACGAGUUCUUCUCGGAUUACUUCACUCAUUGUUAGUUAUUUGUGUUUGUCUUUUCUUCUGUGCAAUUUUACCAAACUUUUUCCUCUUGUGAUUUUUGUCCUCUCUUUUGUUUUGAUUUGUCCCUUAUUGUUAUGUGGAGGUAUUUUAUUGAUUACAACGAACCCUGCAAGAAUUUCUCACUUCUCUUUAUUCAUCCCACCUUCAAAAAUACCAUAGAAUGAGGUUAAAUUUGUUUUUGAUCAGUAGUUAGAAAAAGCUUUGUACGCUGAUUGUUUGAAGGUACUUUGGCUGAGCUUUCUUCUUACUUUUCAACAUUAACUAACAACUGCAAUAUGUAUAUCUUUCAAUUCGUUUGAUUUAAACGUGCAACUUAGUUGUUGAUCUUUAUUAACGACUACCGGCUUAUCGGUUUGUUCAUUUCCCUUAUGUUUUAUCUCGAAUUUUAAUCAUAUUUGCAUUAUCAUAACGUUAUCAUGUUGUCUGUCAUUUUGAUCACUUAUUCAAUGAAUAAUCAGUGUAUUGUCAUUUUUCCAUGCUUACUUCCUUUGCUUCAAUAAAUAAAUGUUCAUUAUGACCCUUGCUUCUUAAAUAUUUGUGAUUGUGAUUUUAACUACUUUAUAUCUAUUUAGGUAGUCAAUUAUUCUACCAUAUGUUUACGAAGGAACGGUAUGACAGUAAACCGUCAUAACUGACAUUCAAAAAAUAUAUCUUUUUAACCCGUUC